ACCAGCGGCGCUGCCUUUGAAUCUCUUUCCCAGUCAGACUCCAGUGAAGACUGACACACAGAAGAACACACAGCAACUAAUCCCGAUAGUCUGUAUCUUUUGGGGGGGUUUAUUUGAGCAUGAUGCACGUGGGAGUCGCCAAACCGUGCUGUCAAACUUUGCAGCGUUUCCAUGCGGCGCUCGCAGUCCGCGCGCUCUGACAUGCCUCACGCAACUUCGCUCCAGUGGUGUUCCUGCGUGGAUAAAACCCUGCUGUCGGCUUGUGCGCCGCUGACUCGGACCUAACAGCUCACGAUGCACAGGCGCUGUUUUGCUCAGAUGUCCAAGACCUCCAGAUCAGCAGCUCCCCGUGACGCUCCGAUGACUUUUCACUUUUGUUUCGCUCAACUUUUUCUUUACGCGCACGUGCGUCUGUGCUCUUCACGCGCACUAACAUGCUUUUAAGAGAACUGCUUUUAAGAGAACUGCUCUUCUGACGCGCGCUCCAGCUUUCUUUCCGCUCGCGCAUUCUAUAAAAUUAGACACUACACCGACACUUAUGGCGCUUUUGUGUCAGAGUUGAGAUCCAGCCCGGCUCUAACGCGUUGUCCUGUGAGCAGAGGGCAUGCUGGGUAGCCCGUCCAAUAACGGCGGUGUGAGGAUGCUCGCUCCCCCCGCGGCCGACGACGACAGGCGCGUGGAGUUCGUGGCGCUGGCGGCUGUAAACACCGAGCCUCCGAGUCCUGAGCGCGCGCAGCCCUCACAGCGCACCGGCCUGCUGGGAACCCCGUUCCCCGCUCCCCCCGGACCCCGAGCCACCGCGUCCGCCUCCAGCAAGCGCUACCGCAAGAUCCAGAACUGCCUCUACAACGUGCUGGAGAGGCCGAGAGGAUGCGCCUUCAUCUACCACGCGUUCAUUUUCUUGCUGGUGUUCAGCUGUCUGGUGCUCUCCGUCUUUUCCACCAUUCCCACCCAUCAGGAAACUGCCAACCAGGGCCUCUUCAUCUUGGAGUUUGUGAUGAUCGUGGUGUUUGGCUUAGAGUACAUUGUGAGGGUAUGGGCAGCUGGCUGCUGCUGUCGCUACAGAGGAUGGCAGGGUCGUCUCCGUUUCGCCAGGAAACCCUUCUGCGUUAUAGACUUUAUUGUGUUUGUGGCGUCAGUGGCUGUGAUAGCGGCGGGAACGCAAGGGAACAUCUUUGCCACAUCGGCUCUCCGCAGUAUGCGCUUCCUGCAGAUUCUGCGAAUGGUGCGCAUGGACCGCCGAGGCGGCACCUGGAAACUACUGGGGUCUGUAGUGUAUGCACACAGCAAGGAGCUUGUCACAGCGUGGUACAUCGGCUUCCUGGUACUGAUAUUUGCCUCAUUUUUGGUCUAUUUGGCUGAAAAGGACAUCAACACCGAGUUCUCUACCUAUGCAGACUCCCUCUGGUGGGGAACUAUUACCCUCACCACAAUUGGCUACGGUGACAAGACUCCACACACGUGGCUUGGUCGGCUUCUGGCAGCUGGCUUUGCCCUGUUGGGGGUCUCUUUUUUUGCCCUGCCUGCAGGAAUCCUCGGUUCAGGUUUUGCACUGAAGGUGCAGGAGCAGCACAGACAGAAACACUUUGAGAAGAGGAGAACUCCAGCAGCCACUCUCAUACAGGCUGCGUGGCGUCUCUAUUCUACAGAUGCUCGUCAUUCAUAUCUCACAGCUACCUGGUAUUUCUAUGACAGUAUGCUCCCAUCCUUCAGAGAAUUGACGUUACUGUUCAGUCACCUUCAACGGCAACGUAACACCAAGAAGUUUCUUCACAACUACCACACGCUGCUGUCAGGGCUUCGGCCCUACAGUUCCCUCUAUGUGUCGGGGGACAGGAAUUCUGGAGGCACAAGUCAGCUCAUAUCUAAAAAGCGGGGUUUCUUCCGGAUUCAUGGUGGCUGCAAGCAGAGUGGGAAGAUUGGAUUUCGUGACCGCAUUAAGAUGAACAGUUCCCGAUCCACUCAGGCACUCCGGAGCAAGGCUUCUUCUCCUGUACCACCAGGGAGUGUGCGCCAAUCACCGAGCAAUGAGAACAUGCCGGAAGCCACCAGUCCCACUAAGGUGCAGAAAAGCUGGAGUUUCAAUGACCGAACCCGCUUCCGCACUUCUUUACGGCUGAAAGCGCGCCCUUCCACAGAUGUGGAGGGAGUUGGGGAAGAGAACACAGAGGACAAGUCAUACUGUGAUGUUGCUGUAGAGGAUGUCAUACCAGCAGUGAAGACCUUGAUUCGAGCAGUUAGGAUAUUGAAGUUUUUGGUCGCCAAGCGCAAGUUUAAAGAAACACUGCGACCAUAUGAUGUGAAGGAUGUGAUUGAGCAGUAUUCAGCUGGACACCUAGACAUGCUGGGCAGAAUUAAGAGCCUGCAGAUGAGGGUAGAUCAGAUUGUAGGCCGUGGUGCUGUUCCGUCUGAUAAAAGGGGAAGGACAGAAAAAGGUGAAAAGACUCCUCCGGAACUGGAUCUGCUGGACGAGCUGAGCAUGAUGGGACGUGUAGUUAAGGUGGAGAAACAGGUGCAGUCCAUUGAGAACAAGCUGGACCUACUGCUGAACUUUUAUUCUCAGUGCCUAAAAAAGGGUUCGUCCCACUUCACGCUGUCCUCCUUACUGGAGCCUGACCUCACCUCUGACUACCACAGUCCCACUGACCAGCGAGAGCUCUUCCCCUCUGCCAACACACUCAACAUCUCCCAUUCAGACAGUGGCAACAUGGAGUGAGCUCUGCAGAGAGCAGGAGAACAAUGAGCUGUGACUGCAGCCACGGGACACACAGCCAGGAGCUUCAAGUCUCACAUGACGUAUCCCGAAAAGCCCUUCUUACAGCCUUUUAAAUGCUCCAGCCAUUAUCACAUUCUGACAUGGCGUUGCCUACCUCUACACUGAUGUAUGACUUUAAAAUGUUUUAUGACUUGAGUCUGCACCUUGUUACGACCCCAUUAAUAUGUUUAUGUCUACAAAUAUUUGAAUGUUAUGAAUGUACAAUUUGUUAGUUUGACCAUUAUCAGCACUAGACGUUUGUUCCUCUCUUUUCUAAAUCCAGUAUUUGUCCAAUAACAUACACCUCAUAUUUAAUAUUCAUGUCCUUUGUUAUUUUCCCUCACUUAAAGACCUCUCCCUUUGUGCUUAUCUGCAUUUUUUAUUAUUAUUAUUAUUAUUAUUGUAUGUGGUGUUAAAAGAAGACAGUCUAUGUGCAUUCUUGGGUAAACACUGAUAUUUCAUUUGAAGGAAAAACAGGUUUAUAAGAUAUGAUGAAUUGAAUAGCAGAGGAAUUAUUAUUAUUUUUUUUUUUGUGAACACAUGUCCUAGGAACUUUUCAGUCUUCCAAAGGAGAGGGGAUGGAGCACUGUUACUUGACCACUAAAAACUCAUUUACUGAAGAAACUUCAUUUACUGUCACCUCUCCCAUCUCUUAAAAAAAACUACAAAUAAGUGUUUGUGUUACAUUUAAUGCACAUUUCAUGUCUUUUAUUUCUCAAUACUGUGAUAACAGAGUUCUUAACAUAGAAAAGUUCUUUUUGUUGUUUUAUUUUGUUAAAAUGAGUAGACUUCAAUAAGAAUUCUAUUUUUCUGAGAUUCGGGGCUUUAGUCUUCAAAUGAAUCUGAGCAGAGUUUGAGUGUUAGAUUUUGGUCUCUGUUUCACUUUUAAGCUUUGAGCUGAUGCAGCAUCCUUUUUUGCCACGAGGUGGCGCUGAGCUUCUAUUGAAUGUACUGCAUACCCUUAACCUCAUGAUGUGGACAGUUCAGCACUAUAGUCAAAAGCUGGACAAAAGACAAAAAUCUCUUUCCUAAACUCUUGAUCUGUUUGUUGCAUGGCCCAAACAAACAUGCCCGUGAUGGGAAGAAUGAACUAGGUCUGGUGUGGCGCUCUCACAGUACUUUGACACACCAUGGUAACUUCUUAGCUGCUUGUAGCGCUUUCUAUGCUGCGCAGAUUGGGGUACAGUUUUCUGUUUCUCUCAGAUGUCUCUCAAGAGCCCACUGUGCAAAACAACAAAGAAAUGAAUAAUUAAUCAAUUAAUGAUAUAUAGAUAGGAAUUGAAAUGAAUAUUCCUCCAUGAAUAGUAAUGCAUGUCUGGAGGCCUUUUUAGGAGGACUAGUAGCAUAAGUAGCACACCUUUCUUUUUUAUUUAGAUAUAAUUUAGACUUAGAGGAGGGUUUAUAUGCCCUGUUCUCAUCCUUAGAUCCUAUUUCCUUUGUGCCUUGCCACCUUUUUCAUCCUGCAUGUAAUUCAGACCAAAUGAAAUGGUGCAGCCCUACUGGAAUAUAACGAGAAAACUUAAGGUUCUGCUGUAUGUGCUUUUGUACGUCCAUUACUUUUAUUGUUUGUUUUUAUAAAGAUCUCUAAUUACCCCUACUGUAAGAGGCAUGUAAUGACAUAAGUCAUUAGUGGAUAAAAUAGGAAUGGUCACAUAUUACUUUUGUGACACACCCACUGGGAAUUGUCUUGGUUUCCCAUAUUUGCCCAGUAUAGAUUUUCUGAGCAGAAGUGAUCAAAAUUAAGUGACUGAUCUAAGACUUUAGUCUUUGUGCAUGAGCUCCAUAUCAGUAUCUAUGCAUGUAAUGUAGGGAAGGGGGGUCCAGCUUUAUUAAAAAUGCUGCAGCCAGUCUGGUCAAACAAGAGCAUGGCAGGAGAAGUAGAGGAAACAGCACUUCUAUGCCUUAUCUUCAUAAUUAGAGCAUACGGAUGUGUUUACGAUAUAAAGGUAGACCUAAGCAUUGUUUUGGCCUACUUGUCAUGGCAUUAAUGAAUCAUUUGAAAUGGACUGAACUGGAGUACACAAAAUCCAAAAGGAGUUUUCUACAUAACCAUGUUUGCACCUACACAUGUUCAGAUAUUGUAUGCUCUUGGCAAAAAAGAAGUUUAUCUUCCUCUCACAUCAUACACACAUUUUGCUUUGCCUUAUUCUUUUGUUUGUUUAGUCUUUUGUUAAUUAUUUUAAAUUAAUUUCCUUCCUUUUUUCCUGUUUGAUAUUCCUUACAUUUAGGCUUUUAAUUCAUUUCUCUCGCCAUAUCAUUACUUUCGGCUCUUGUUGAUUUUGUGUUGAGCUCCACGAAGCUACCUUUAACCAUUUCUAUUUUAUUCAUUGAUUGAGUUUAUGGACAUGAUUGUUAUCUGCUAACGUGAGAGAUCAUUUGCUCUACAAUAUGUAUGUUCAGUCUAGUAUGAUUGUAAAAGAAGAAUGAAUAAAGCCAGAUUUUGUUUAAGAAAAAGCAGGAUUAUUA